AUGGUAGACGAUCAGUUUCUAGCCAUUAGAGCUGCAGCAAAUGACAAAAACGCCACACAAUUGAGUGAACUGCUCAAAGGAAGUCGUAUCGAUUUGAAAGGUCAGCCAGGAAUGGGAGAUUGAACGAUUUUUAAUGAUUUCCAUAAUUUCAGAUCCGAAUGUUUGGCCAAAACUCGCAGCGAUCGUGUUCCAAACAGAGGAUGCUUGGAGGAAGAACGGAGGAAUUCAAGAAAAGUUCACCGCAUUCAUUUGGAGCAAAAUUAUUCACGGAAUUGUAGAUCUUGAACCGGUAUAUUUGACGGACCUGAAUUCACCUAAAUUUGUAUGAAAUUCUUGUAGAAUCCAAAGAGUAUCACUGGUUGGAGUGUGGCAAAGAUCGAGGAGACCGUCCCGCUGACAAAAGAGAAUGAAGCGCAGAUUCAAUGCAAAGAAGGGUGCUCGAUCCAUAUUUUUUACUGA